UGUGUCUAAUUGCAUUCAAAGCAUUUAGUAAUCACUCAUAGCACGCUGUUACUAAAUCACGUUCAGUAUUGAGGAAUUUGGAAAAAUGUCGAGAGUACAGCAGCUACGGCUGCGCUUCGAGAAAGGAAAUGAGUCGCAAAUUACACCUAGAAAUGUAAUCUUUCCGUCGUCAGAGCGUUCGAUAUUGCGAGACGUACUCAUAUCUGCGCACGGUUUUCAAAAACCGAACAGACAGGAAAUCCCAAUCAUACGUGGGCAGACCCAGCGACAGCCAGUGAGGAUAUCACAGCAUAUUGUACCAUCCGACUCAUACAACAUUAAAGCAACUACCGCUGUAUCAACACAGCAGCCAUUGCCGCCAUUAGCACCAAGGAUACCUCUUAAUCCAGUCAGAAGCAGGAUACAAAACCUCGAAGGGAUCCUGCAGAAAGAAACUCGUGCGCUUGUAGAGCACAAGGUUCAAAAUGAGAAGCUUCUGUGCAACAAGAGUGAAGCCGUGGUGCGGCGGCAGAGUUACGCGAAGGAGCGGAUGAGACGAGAGCUGGAAGAAAGGGAAGCUCGCCGGCGGUGGUGCGUCUCAUGUUUCGAAGAGGCAGAUAUGAGUGACAUGGUCGAGGCUCCAUGCCGACACUGGUACUGCCCAGGUUGUCUAUCAGAAGCAUUCACGAUUUCUCUGACAUGCCGCCGCGAAUUCCGCUGCUGCUCUAUUCCUGCCCCUAUCAGUCUUUUACCAUCUCCGCCGUCCAACAUAUUUGUGUCGCGCUACAACGAUCUCGUUUUGGAGCUCAGCACGCCUAAUCCAUUAUACUGCCAUAAUAGACGCUGCAGCGCUUUCUUACCACCUUAUCUUCUAUUCGGACCCGACAUAGCUCACUGCGUAAAAUGUUACGCGCAGACGUGUCGACAUUGUAGAGGCAGAGCGCAUACGGCGACUGUGUGCGCACAUGAUGUUUCCAUGAAUAUGGCGAUCCAAUUAAUAGACAAGGAGGGCUGGAAGAGCUGUCCUACGUGUCGAAAUGUAGUGGAAAGGAGCGGAGGUUGCUUGCAUAUUACUUGUCGAUGUAUGACGGAAUUUUGUUAUCGUUGUGGUGGGCCGUGGAAAGAUUGUGAGAGUAGUUGCGGUGACAAUCAGUAACUAAAGUGGUAAGCAAUUCCAAUCUUCCCGAGACAAGUUGGACAGGAGGUCCCCUUCCAGAGCUUAGCUAUUGGGGCAUCUUCCUGGUUAUAAACCUAUGGGUCUUUCUUGAGACAUGCAACAACACUUGUGCGACACCUGAAAUAUACAACUGGUGGCCUUUCCAGUUCCCGUCUCCGCCCCACUUAUCAUAUGAGCCAUAAUCGC